UUCAUCUGAAAUGGUUUGCUCUCUAUUGUUGGUCCGAGCUCAGUCAAGUCUGAACAUGGUUCAGUCAUGUGGAGUAAAACCUCCCUUUAACGUGUCGGCUGUCACCUUGGAAUGUAAACAUGGCUCAAAAAAUCUGCACAUUCGUCGGAGUCAGGGGGACAACCCUGACGAUCAAGACCUGAUGUUCAAAGGCCAGACCUCUCUGAUCCCCCAGGGGAAUAGAACCUUUACCGUCACACUGACCAACGUCACCAAGCAGGAUGAAGGGAACUACAGCUGCUGUCUUCCUGAGUAUGGAAUAUGUUCUAACGUCAUCCCGAUGAAGAUUCCACAGAUGAACAAGGAGGAUGAAGGAAACUACAACAACUCUCCACAUGAGCAGAAGCUGGUCAAAGCUUCAACUGUCACCCCGACAGAGAUUCUACAGACGAACAAUGAGACAGACAACCAAACAGGAUCUGCUCUGAGCUCUGGUGACAUCACUGCCAUAGUUCUUGGAGGUGUUCUUCUUGGUGUUGUUGUUGUUGGGGGGAUCCUGGCUUUUAGAUAUUGCAGGAGAAACAGAAACAGAACUGAUCUCCAACCAGAUUCUUCUUCCAUCGCUCUGAGGAUCAUGGAGGAGGGGGAGUCUUCCCAGCCAGCGUUGGAUGGAGGGGGGGCUGACCCUGAACAGGUCUCCAGGCCUUUCAUAGAUGAUCAUCUGAAUCAAAGUCAUGAUGGAGAUGUUCCAGAUCACUACAGUGAAGGAGGAGCAGAAGCAGCAGCUGGAAAAAGAAAUGACCUCUGACCUUUUGUAUAAGAUUCUGCACUGAUUUGUACCAUAAUAACUUAUUGAAUUGAAACAUUUGACAUGAAUUAGAAGAAAUGUUUUUGAACGUUAUGGAUUCUCAGUUCAGAAAUGAAUAAAUAAAUAUUGGCUUUAUUUUCAACAAUGAACAAAGCUUCUGAUCUUUUGUUAUAGAAACAGCGUUUAAUGCGACUGAUACAUUUCUAUAGAAUAUGGUGUUAUUGUGCCACUUCUUCUGAACAGAAACACAAACAGAUGUGAGCUGAGCCUGAGAUCAGGCCAACACCACCAGCAUAGCAGCUGAAACACUGGACUGAUAUUUUUAGUUCAUUUUCUUCUAGUUUCUCUGUUGAAAUGAUUUUUAUUUAUUUGUUUGUUUAUUUCCAAGUGUUAAACUAAAAACAAUAAAUGACAGUAAAUAACUCAGUGAGGCUUCAAUGGGAUUGUUGCUGUCAUGGUUCAGAACUGAAAACAUUAAGAAAAUCAUCCAAAAAUGUUUUUUCUUCUAAAAACUACAAAUCCCAGUUUUUUUCUGGUUGAAGCUGCAGCCACUGAAGGUUAAAAACUCCUGUUUGGUGAGAUCAAUAAAGUUUGAUUGUGGUUGAUGA